AGUGAGAACCUAGCGGCGGUUAGCAUGUUAGCCGGGUAGGGUUUUACGCAGAGCUUGGUUAUUGCUUGGCAACAACUUGAAGGUGGUAGGAGUCCGUUGCGAUAAGUGAUGACGAUGUGUUCAGAAAGGGGUACGCCGAUGACGCGACCAUUUACUUUCCUGUCGAAAUUAGAAGGGCGCGGUAGGAUGGUUAGGCCCAGGCGCCGGUGGGAAACGCAGACGAUUACAAACCUAGCAGCAUGGGCUUUCCGUGGCCUAAUAGACGACCUAGUCCGGUUUACGUCGGUAGUACUUAGCAAGCUCGGUUCCUGCAGUUGGGUCAGACGCGGAGGGUGCGGUGCGGGCGAUAGAAGCAAGGAGGUCGUUGGUGAGAGAGCCCAUUUCCCGCGAAAUCAAGGUGCGACGGACUUAGCGGUAUUUGUUCCUGCAGGUGUUGACUGGACCUCUUAGGGACCUCUUAUCUGUCGACCGUAAGACGCGGGUAGCAGCGGCAUCUCCCAGUGGCGCUUGCAGAUCCGUGCUGGGCAGCACGAGAAGAAAACGCCGACAUGGGGCUCAUCGUGGGCGCUGCUUUGCUGUGCUCUCGCCGGCAGGAGUCUCCGCCACCACGUCCUCUCGUUCUCCGUACACCGCCUCGUGGUGUGUCAGAGGCUCUGGUCUACCCUUAACCCUACAACGUUCCCAAGGGCACCAUCCUCUUUGUCCCUAUCUCCUCACACAGCUUCUUCCAGCUCGCCUCCCUCUCUUCGCGUGAGCGGAUAACACUUCCACUCGCCUCACCAGACACCCUCAGCCCGUUGCUGCUGCACGCGUUCGCGCUCUCAACUGGGUUCACUGAUGGUGCAGCAGCAUCCGCUACAAGCACUGCUGCUGCAGCUGCAGGAGUCACGCUAGUAUCCGUCACCGCUGAUGCAGUCAGAGCCACAGGAACCACAGGCGACACCAGAACCACGGCCACAGGCGUAACCACAGAAGAUGGUGCGACCGGAGCAGCCGCAGCCUUCCCUCCAAACCGGCCAAUUCCCAGCCUCUUAACGUCCGAUGAGUCAGUGAUCUGAACCUUCUUUAUCUUCUGAAGGCGAUCAGCAUCGGAGUGGCCUUGGGAGGAAGACGCCUGCAUCUGCUUCGUCAGAUUCUCCAGCAGGGGCCUCACGCUCUUCAGACGCACGCUGCUGCAGGAGCUGACACAGUCGCUGGUGUUGGUCGCCGUCUUGGUGUCGCACGCAGCAGCAGGGAGUAGUAGAUCCGGAACUUUAUGAACGGCUGAUUUGACAGGAGAGUAUGCAGAAGGAGAGAAAGCCGUACAAGGCGUGCCGAACCUGCCAAUGCCUCUGGUAGGCGUUGCAGGACUGGAGGUUGGUGAAGCAGCGUUGAUGGUCUUCGCCAUUCCGCCGUUAACGACGCAGCAAUCCGCACCAGAGGCCAUGUUAGUUGAUUGUAGUUGAGCAGAUCGCUUGAACAGAAGCUUGUUGACGGAUGUCCGGUCGUAUGAUCAGGAAAAGCUAGCUGAAAUCGGCUUGGCUUUCAGUCAGAUUUCGCAAAGCUGAGAAUUGUGCUCUCAGCAGUUGAAGAGCAGGGGUACCAAAAGUGUUGAACCAACGAUGAGAAUGACAAGAUCAAACUCUCGCGAGCCCAUUACUACUCCACUCCGCCCUCGGCCGCUCAAACCCUCGCCUCGAGGCCCCAAAUGGCUCCACUGGCUUCCCAUUGGGGUUUCACCAAACGUCUGCCUCGCUAUCCCCCUUGAUAGCACGCCACGUCACGUGAAAUCGGCGGUUUGAAAUGACAGAGAAGGUUCAUCGCAGGCAUUCCCGAGGCGGCUUCGGUUGGGGUUGCAGAUUCGUGCAUCAUGGAGCCGCCUGAUCUACUUUCCCGCCAACAAUUCGAACCAAACCACGGACGAGCGUAGGCGAAUCAUUUCGCCAGGCCAUCGCAAAUCCGCUAACGACGGAUCCGGCGAACGAACGUUUGGUCGAGCUUCACUUUCGUGUUUGCUCGAGACGCCUUCUCCGUUGGCGCCUCUUUUUCGUCGCCAGCUACAUGCUGAUGAGAAUCUGGAGCCGUCGACUGUUACCAUCGAUCUGUAACUACUGACGAGCUGGGCGAAUGGUUUUCGAGGAAUCCCCAGACAACGGAUCUGGCCGUCUGUUUCGCUCGCAGAGGGAUAAUCGUGAGUGGCUCCAGCUGGAUGACAGUGAUGGGGGCUUUGGGAUUGCCGAGCAAGAGGAGGGAGGGAAGCUGAAUCUGUCCGCUUUGUUGAGUCCUUCGAAUAUUCGUCAUAGCGAGUGUACUGCAAAUCGAUCCCACCGCACGAUAUAUUUCACAACUUGCAUAGGGUUUGAAAGAACUUAGA